GUGAAGUUGACAUAAUGUCGACAAUCGAUAUUUUGCAGCUGGCUACUUCGCCUCACUUCUUGCUUGUGACUAGCGAACAAUGCAAAUGGCCGAAGCGGCACCCCGGUUUCGUACGGAUUGAUCGGUGAAUAUAGCUAUAUAAUUAGUUUUUCAAGUGGUAUUAUUCGACACCAUCAUCAUUUGUGUCGUGAAGAACUGUUUGUUUUUGGACUCCCUGGUGCUUCAGAAUCAUCGCUUGUAUGGCCCCGAUUUUGAUGCUGCUGCCAUGUUGUGAUGAUUGAGAGAAGAAUAAAAUGAAGAUAAAUCCCAGAGAAAGUAAUAUUCGAUUUUACAAGACUCGCGUUCGUGAAAGAAAUUGCAGAUGAAGAUGAGCGGCGAAAUGUUUGAGGGCAAAGAUUACCCCACUCAGUGGGCCCUGAACCCUUCUGCAUACCAAAACAUGAGUAAUGACCAAGUCGACUGGGCGGCUUUGGCUCAGCAAUGGAUAAAAAUGAAGGAAACGGUCGUUCCUCCUGCUCCUCCGCCUCCCACAAUCGGGUUAAACCAGGGAAGCGAAGGAGGUGGAGGUGAAGCACCUAUGGAUAUGGAUACUAAGGAAGAUGAAAUGCCUCAGGCACCACCUGCCCCUGGUAUCAGUGGAACAGAAGCAUGGAAUCAGUGGAAUCAGUGGGGCCAAUGGAACACAGCAGGGCCAGGAUCUACUGGUUGGGAAUGGGGUGGAGUCCCACCCCCUGGCAGCACUUUAGGCCAAGAUGGAAAACCUGUGACUGUUCCUGCCAACUUACCCUCGGCGCCCCCUGCUCCAACGAUAUCUGGAACACAAGGAUUCAAUGUUCCGCCACCCACUGCUCCACCCUCUUACAAUUAUAAUACUGUUUCACCCACUCAAGCUUAUAAUCAGGUACCUGGUUACUGGACAAGCGAACAGUCCCCUGGAAUCGGAAACGUGCAGCAGCCUCCACCUUUCAUGAAGGGUGUGAGACAUUCUAAUAGACUUCCACAUAUGCGAGGUGGUGAUAUGGUGAGAGGACGUGACGAGAAGGAAAAGACUCCGGAGGAGGACACGAGUACCACCAUAGAUGCAGCUAAAAGGAGACAAUUACCGGCAUGGAUUAGGGAUGGACUUGAGAAGAUGGAGAGGGAGAAACAGAAGGCGGUCGAAAGAGAGCGGCAAGAAAUUUUGAGAAAACAAGAACUAGAGGCACGCAAAAAAGCCGAAGAAGAAGCACGGGCAGUUCUGAAUCCCGCAAAAAGCAAAUUUGAUUCUGACUCCGAAGAAGAAGCUGAAGCCGAAUCUGAGUCUACGUUCCGUGGUGCAGACAAAGAAAUCGACAGGGCCAAUGACAAGAGUCCAGAAGUUGUUGUCAGAGCACGUCGCUCACGGUUCCGUGAUGCUGCCUCACCCGAACCGCGAAAAUCAAACGAAGAAAGUCCGCGUUCUACUCCCGCUCCCAUUCCUAUUCCAGCUCCUUUCAAACGUUCCCGAGAGGAGGUGCUGCAGGAUGUGAUGUUGAAGGUGCGGAGAUCGCUGACUGAAAUUCUACUUGAAGUAACCAAUGAAGAAAUAACUGCUGUCUGCAGAGAGGUUUGGAGCCGCGCACGUGCCAAAGCCCCUGCAGGACAGCCCCCCGUCGCAUCCCUCAACAACUCGGCCCCUCUUGCUCAGAUCACCCGCAAACUUGGUCUGGGCAUCUAUGGGGACAGCGACAGCGAGUCUGAUGAUGAGCAGAGCGAGGCUGAGCAGCACCAGGAUGUUGACAGUGAUGAGGAGCUUCUCCAGCUGAAGGAAGUUUGGAAGCAACGGCAGCAGGCAUUCAAGAAGGUCGAGGAAGAGAUUGAGGCGCAAAUCGCAAAGGAAGAAGAGCAGGAGCUGCAGCAUGAAGAGGAGAGUCGUCAUAAACAAGAGGAUAAUCAUAUUGGUAAUACUAGCAGCAAAAAUCUAGUUGAUGAAAAAGAAACGAUAAAUAAUCAAAGAGAAGCAUCAGAAACACUAUCAAGCGGUGGGCAAACGCCCCAGCAGCAAAGUGUUACCACAGAUACUGCAAAGGCUAGUUCAUUAUCAAGAUCUGUGGACUCUGAAUCUAGCAGCGAAGAAUCGAGCAGCUCCAAUUCAACUCAUAGUUCUCCAAAAACUAGCCGGAAAGCCAACAAAAACAGCGACAGGGGUCGCAGAAAAAAAUUAUCGAAGAGUAGGAGCAAGUCUCGAAGUAAACAAUCCAGAUCACGUUCAACCGAUCGUAGCCACAGACAUAAAUCUCGUUCGCGAUCACGUUCAAAGUCUGCCAAACGCCAUCGUUCAAGAUCCAGUAGUUAUAGGUCCAGUAAAAAGCACAGAUCAAGAUCAUGGGAACGUAAGAGAUUGCGAUCCCGAUCUAAGGACAAAAGAAGGUCCACAUCACGUUCUAGAAACCGCAAAAGAUUCCGAUCACACUCUAGAGACAAAAAGAGGUCAGUUUCUUACUCCAGAGAAAGAAGAAGAAGCCGAUCUAGAUCCAGGGAUACAAGGGACAGAAGAAGGAGUCGGUCUCGUACCAGGGAACGAAGGAGAAGUCGUACCCGCUCGGGCGACAGAAGAAGAUCUCGAUCUCCGUCAAGGGAUCGUAGGAGAUCCAGAUCUUAUUCUCCUAGAAGCAAGAGAAGGAGUCAUUCGAAGUCUAGAGAUAAAAGAAGGUCACGAUCCAAAUCACGUUACUCGAGCCACCGUGACGGUAAGAAGUCGUCACGUCGGUACAGGGAUUGAGCUUGUCCAUCAUACAGCCAAGCUGUACGCUGCCAUCGCGAGGUCACUUGUGUUUAUGGACCCCCAACUUCUAAAACUCCAACUUUCUUUCAUCGAACAGUUCAACACAGUGGUACAGUUUUCUUUCAAAUAAUAUUUA